AUGGAAAAACUCUCCAUCCUCUGCUUCGGCGAUUCCCUAACAUCGGGUUAUUAUCGCUACGGACUCGAGUACCACUCAUACGCGAUCAAACUCACGGAUAUCCUCGAAGCCGAAUUCCCCAACGCCAAAAUCCACCUCGAGGUGGACGGGCUACCAGGCGAUAUGGUGAUAGACCCAAUGGGUGAUUUCUUGCCUCGGAUACGAGAUAAAUGUGCGAAAACCAAGUACGACUGGGUAAUUUUUCUCGGGGGAACCAAUGAUUUGGGUAACGGGAACUCUGCCAACAUGAUUUACUCCGCCUUAGAAGACUGCUGGGAUGUGGCGCUCUCAAGUGGCGCGAAGAUUCUCGCCAUGACGGUACCUGAAUGUGCGGUCAAAUCUGACAGCCUGGAUAUGAACCGUGAUACAUUGAAUUCUCGUAUCCUGGAACGCGAGUCUGAGCAAUUCCGUGUCGUUGAUUUGCAUAGCAAGAUUCCCUAUCAUUCUGCCACGGAGAACUUCCAGAUGGAGAUGUUCGAUGAUGGAUUGCAUCUUACCGCCAAGGGAUAUGACCUCAUGGGAAUUGUUGUGGGAGAGCGUCUGGUGACCUUGAUUAAAGAGGAACAGGGUCUUUAG